AUGCUGCUCCUGGAAGAAACAAGGUGCUCGGCCCACCCCCCUGUGGAAGGACGCUGGGAACGGGUCAGGGCUGGGGCGGCAGCGGCCCCGAAAUCAGCGGGCACAGGGCGGGAACAUAAAUAUUCUCUUGUGGUGUCCGGAGAGAGUGAUGCGGGCCCGAAGCCCCCCCUGAAGAGGCCGCCGAGGGCGGGCCAGCGCCGAAGUGCCAAGCGGGACCGUAAGGCCAUCAACCUGCAGGUGAAGCUGGAGGUACUGCGGCGCUUCGAAGCCGGAGAGAAGCUCAGCCGAAUCGGGAGGGCACUCGGGCUCUCCACCUCCACUGUGGCCACCAUUCGUGACAACAAGGACAGGAUCCGAGCGAGUUCGCAGGCGGCCACCCCGCACGCGGCCUCUAAGCUGACGCGCAGCCGCAGCCUGGUGAUGGAGAACAUGGAGCGGCUGCUGAGCGUGUGGAUCGAGGACCGGAACCGGCGUGACGUGCCGGGCAGCGUGGUGCUCGUCCAGGAGAAGGCCCGCAGCCUGUUUGAGGAGCUCAAGCGGGCGCAGGGUGAGGGCGCCGAGGCUGGUUCGCGCGCUUCAAGGCGCGGCACGGGCUGCGCAGCCUCGGGGCCGGAGGUGUUCAACGUGGACGAGACCCGGCUCUUCUGGAGGCGGCUGGCGGGCGGGACGGCCCCUUCCACGGCGGAGAAGCCAGGCCCCGGGUUCACAGCCGCCCAAGGUCUCCUGACCCUGCUGCUCGGCAGCAACGCCGCCGGGGACUUCAAGCUGAAGCCGCUGCUGGUGUACCCCUCAGAGAACCCGUGCGCCCUCCGGGGCUUCCCCAAGCCCGACCUGCCCGUGCUGUGGCGCUCCCACAGGAGGGCCUGGGUCACCGUGAGCCUCUUCCAGGAGUGGUUCGUGCACUUCUUCUGCCCCGCCGUGGAGAGGUACUGCGCCCGGCACGGGCUCCCGUAUAAAGCUCUGCUCGUCCUGGACAGCACUCCGGGCCGCCCUGGGAACCUGGACGACCUCUCCGACCACGUGCGCGUGGAGUACCUGCCCAAGGACACCACGGCCCUCAUCCAGCCCAUGACCCAGGACGUGGUCGCCACGUUCAAGGCCUGCUACCUGCGGAGGGUCUUCUGCCUCUUGGCGGCGAGGGCGGGAGGCGCCGGCGAGCGGUCAGCGGCCCCGGACUUCUGGCGGGACUACAGCAUCCUGGACGCUGUGCACAACAUCUCCGAGUCCUGGGAGGAGGUUCCGCCCGCGACAUCCGGCGGGACGUCGUGGCGCUGGCGCACGGGCUUGGGUUUCGGGGAGGUGGCAGAGGCGGGUGUGGCUGAGCUGCUGCAGAGCCAGAGCGCAGACCUGUCCAACGAGGAGCUGGUGGGGCUGGAGCAGGAGCGGGCAGACGGGGAGGAGGGUGAGGACAGCUCGACGGCCUCUCGCCAGCUCACGGCCAGGCACCUGGCCAAGGCCCUGGCACAUUUCGAUGCUGGCCUGCAGGUCGUCAGAGACAACGACCCCAACCUGGAGCGCAGCCUCCGCGUCUGCCGGGGCGUGGGCAACGUGAUCAGCUGCUAUCGGGAGCUCUUCAAGGAGAAGAGAGGCCCCAGAUAG